GGAAACUGUUUUUGGAUACUUCUAUAAAACAAAUUCCCGGGCAUUUACUAGAAAAUUCAAAUUCCUUUUCUCAAACCCUAAUAAUUAUUUCCCCCCUUUUUCUCUUCUCCACGGCGCUUCCUGUUUCUACUUCCUAAAGGUUCAAGCUGAUUGUUUCAUUUAUCUAUUUAUAAUUUUGGAUUAGAGAUUAUUGUUUGAAGAGUGUUUUUUGAAUAUAGAAUUUUGAUUCAUUUUGAAUAAAAGAGGUGGAUCAUGGGAAAGGCUUCCCCUAUUGAAAAAGAAACAAAAACUUCAAAGCAGAAAAGACGAUCAAGAACUGUGAAUAAUAAGUAUCUAAGACCGGGAGCGCUUGCUCAGCUCCGAUACAGCAAAGCAUCCUCUACGAAGUCUUGCACCGAUCUUGGGAAGAAGAGGAUCGUCUUAGCUGAUUCCAAAAAGACUGAUUCUAAUUUGGUGACCACACCGAAGGUUAUCCCCAUUCAAGAGACCCCCUUGGUUUUUUCUCCUGAAAAAAUCGUGUCAUCUAUGGUCCCUUCACCUUUCAAUUUAGUGAAGCAAAAUAGUGCUCUCAAGACACCAAGUACUCCUCGUUUUCAAGACUCUGAUUCUCGGUCUAGGCUUGAGGGUCUUCCUAUGGACGUAUUGGUUAAAAUCCUUUGUCACUUGCAUCAUGAUCAGCUAAGGGCGGUUUUUCAUGUUUCGCAAAAGAUCAGAAGGGCUGUCAUUCUUGCACGUCAAUGUCAUUUCAAUUACACCACUCCAGAUCGAUCUCGCCAGGAGUUGUUGAGCACAAUGACUCCACAAGUGCUAGACCACUGGCCAUUCAUCAGUAAGGAAGAGGAAAAGGGAUUCCAAUUUAAAGCCCUACAUACCCCUAAAGCACCAAAGCAUGGUCCUCGACCUCCUUCAAGGUUAAAAUCCACAGAGAUGAGCCAGGUUGCUGCUGCUUUGUUUCAGGAAGCAUCAAUCCCUUCGGCUUACAUGGUUCCAUCUGUACUGUCUAAUAAACCCCUUUGCAAAAAUCGAGUUCUAUUCUACGAGGAGGAGCUAUGUCAAGCUGUAGCUCAGAACAAGCUUCGUUGAUUUGUUGCGCUGGAUAUUGCUACUCUACGCUCAUACUCGGUUUUGUAUAGUUUGUGUUGCAUUCUGGUUCACUACCUAGGUGGCCAUUGUGCAUUUUGGAUCCUUUUUAGUUUGUUUGCUUGAAGUUGGGUGAUGUCAGGUUCGGUAGGUGGAGUAUACAGUUUUGUAAUGUGAGGCCGAGGACUGAGUAUACUUAGUUGGAGAGGGCUUUGGAUGACCUUGUUUUUUGUUGGGUUGAGUGGGCUCGAGGUUAUGUUUAUUAUAGAAUAAUGUAUUUUGGGUCGCCUGGUCCUGUAUAUAUUAAGCAAUAUAGUAGUAGUAGUAGAAGUAUAUUGUAGCAGUAUAUAUUUUCAAGGCAAAUAGUCUUUUGGAUCCAAAUCUAUCUAGUAUGAGCCUUCAUCUAUCCUAUAAUUCUCUUUUGACUGAUUCCUUUAUGCCUUUAAUGCAUUUUAGCUAAUAUUGUUACUCCCUCUUUUGCCCUUAUUAUAUU